ACAAUCCACCCUUUUCUCAUUUGUUAAUCAAACACCCCACCACCCACACAACCCACACAAGGUUUUUCUCUCCUCUCUUCCUUCUUCUUCGUCACUCCCAACCCACACUCCACACACAUCUCUCUCUGUGUGUGGAGCUGAUCGACGAUGUCAACCGAGUCCAAAGACAACUGGGUCGAAAUGGCCAUGGCCGACGACUCCCUCGUCGCCAACCUCCUCCUCAGUUUCAACCGAUCCGAAUCGCGCAACCUCACCGUUCAAUGGCCCAUCCGUCAUCGCCGUUCCCAGCGCAGGAAAUCCAAAUUCGCCAGGACCAGUCCUUCAACGCCGCUCUCAUUGACCGCCGCCGCCACCGCCUCCGAUGACUCCACCCCCCCUGCCAAACCGCUCGAUGACGCAGGAUCUAAGGCUGGUGAUCAAAGUGAAACUGCAUCUGCCAAAAGGACAAGAAAGAGAAGGACUCUGCCUGAACUACUUGAGAAGGAAAAGUUGCUGUUGAAAGAAAGUGCAGAUUUGGAAAAUCAACUGAAAUCCUUGACUUUCACUGUUGACAAGCACAGAUUCAGAAAUCAGAGAUUGAAGAGUAAAAUGAGAAUGAAGGUUUCGGUGUCGAGACAGAGCUCUAAUAUAGUUGCAACCUCUCUGGUGUCUGAGAAAGCUGUCCAUGACCCACCACAGCUUGUGAAGAAGGCUCAUCAAUCUGAACUGGUCUUGCCACAAAAACGGAAAGAUGAAGCUCUCACGGAGGAAUCACCUGUGAAGGGACUUCAAUGUGAAGGAGUCUCACCACAAACAAAGAAAGGUGGAGCUCCCCAAGACGAAGCACCUGUCUGUAAGAGAGUGAAGGUUGAUCUGGUGUCUAGACAGAGCUCUGAGAUAGCUGCAACCUCUCUGGUGUCUGAGAAAGCUAUUCUUGACCCACCGCAGCUUGCGGAGGUUCAUCAAUCUGGACUAGUCUUGCCCCAAAAACGCAAAGAUGAGGUUCUUAAGGAGGAGGCACUUGUGGAGGGACUUCAAUCUGAACGAGUCUUGCCACAAACAGGGAAAGGCGGAGCUCCCCAAGACAAAUUACCUGCCUGUAAGAGGAUGGAGGUUGAUCUGGUGCCUAGGCAGAGCUCUGAGAUAGCUGCAACCUCUCUGGUGUCUGAGAAAGCUAUUCUUGACCCGCCGCAGCUUGCGGAGGUUCAUCAAUCUGGACUAGUCUUGUCCCAAAAAAGCAAAGAUGAAGUUCUCAAGGAGGAGGCACUUGUGGAGGGACUUCAAUCUGAAGGAGUCUUACCACAAACAGGGAAAGGCGAAGCUCCCCAAGACAAAGCACCUGCCUGUAAGAGGAUGGAGGUUGAUCUGGUGCCUAGGCAGAGCUCUGAGAUAGCUGCAACCUCUCUGGUGUCUGAGAAAGCUAUUCUUGACCCGCCGCAGCUUGCGGAGGUUCAUCAAUCUGGACUAGUUUUGCCCCAAAAACGCAAAGAUGAAGUUCUCAAGGAGGAGGCACUUGUGAAGGGACUUCAAUCUGAAGGAGUCUUAACACAAACAGGGAUAGGCGGAGCUCCCCAAGACAAAGCACCUGCCUGUAAGAGGAUGGAGGUUGAUCUGGUGCCUAGGCAGAGCUCUGAGAUUGCUGCAACCUCUCUGGUGUCUGAGAAAGCUGUUCUUGACCCACCGCAGCUUGUGGAGGCACAGCAACCUGAACUAGUCUUUCCCCAAAAACGCAAAGAUGUUCUCAUGGAAAAGUGGCUGUUGGAAGGAAUUACAGAUUUGAAAAAUCAACUGGUAUCCUUGACUUCCACUGUUGACAAACACAGAGCCAGAAAUCAGAGCUUAAAGAGAAUGAAGGUUGAUGUGGAGUCUAGGCAUAGCUCUGAGCUAGCUGCAACCUCUCUGGUGUCCGAGAAAGCUGUUCUCAACCCACCGCAGCUUGUGGAAGCACAACAACCUGAAUUGGUCUGGCCAGUAGAAUGCAAAGAAAAAGUUCUCAAUGAUGAACCACUUGUGGAGGCGCAUCAAUCUGAACCAGUCUCGACACCAUCAGUCGAAGACAAGGUUCCGGACGGCGAAUCACUUGUCUCUGCUGCAAAUGCUUCUUCGGAGCAACAAGGGAAUGAGCAACCAGAAAAUGAGCAACCAGAUAAUGAGCAACCAGAUAAUGAGCAACCAGAGAAUGAUAACCGAGAACCUGUGUUCUUGCUGCCUGAUCUGAAUGAGGCUCUAAGGGAGGAGGAUUUGGACUUCGAUGAUGGUCUUACAUUAAGUUUAUAAGGAAUCAAUCUGACCUAGGUUGUGCUAAUCCUAAUGUAACUUGUAGGUAUCAUUCAAUUCCCUUCCCGGUCAAAAUCUGAUAUAGAUUCCUUUUUUAUUCAUGGUGGAGCUGAUGGUAGUGUUAUAGAUUCUUAUACCAUAUAGAUACAUUCUUUCUUUCAUGGUUUUGACAUUGCCUAAGAUUCUUCGGGGCCAUCCUCGACCCUCUCUCCUUGAUUAUAGAAAUUUUUACUGGUAAAUGUAAUUAAUUACAUAUACCAUAGUUACCAUAAUUAAAGAUUUUGGGAUUUUCUGGCAAA